CAAGAGACAAAACGACAAUAGGCUGUGCCGAGAGUGGCUUGGUGCCGGCAGAUUCCUCUCGGAAACCUUAGGUUUGUGGCUGGUGCAGGUUUUCCGAUCAAUCCCUCCACUUUACAUAAGCGUCCGACUGAAUCAAACCUCAUCUUUCUGUCACUGUAGCAAACCACGUUCGGCAGACCCAGUUACAACUGUAAUACAGCUGACAGCGGCAGAACACGACAACAUCUGUCGUUAAUAAUGAAAAUACCAGUGUUGCACCGGAGUCUCGAAUUCUAACCGAGAAAACGGAAGAAAAUCUCAUCUGCUUGAUCUUACCGUACCGGACCACGAAUCGCCAUCCAGACUUACAACAGUGCGAUUCCGACAAGAGCCCCAUUGAGGACGCCAGCGUAACGUCAGCCUGAAUACUAUUCGGUGAUCUCCUCGUUCACGCAUCCGGCUUAUCCAAUGCACCCCUAUAGAGGUCGUGGCGGACCUCGCCAAUCCACCCCAGCAAACGUCCAAUGUCAAAAGUGUCUCAAAAGAGAUAAGUCUACAAGCAAGCGAUACAUUACAAACAUGAAGCUGACUCUCACAGAACGUCACUACUCGUAUGAGUGCAAAGAGUCGGCUACGGCCCGACCAUAUGUGUCUCGGCCGUCCCGAACUCAACAGCUCCGCAACCCGAAGCUGGUGCCCAAACUGACAAACGAUACGCCAGAUGACGCGCAAAGAAAGAAAGGAAUUGCUGAUGAGGAGCUCGCGAAGAAGGAAGCCGAGAGAGCGAGAAAGAGGGAGCUAGACGAGAGAGACGACGAACUCAUCAGGCAAACAGAGACCAAACGCAGACGAUCCGAGUCUGUUGACUCCGUUUCCACCAUCUCAACGAACCGCUCCGCCUCGCCCCCGCCUAGGCGGCGCUCACCCUCUCCCGCCCCUGCUCCGCGGAGACAGAGAUCAUUCAGCCCAGAGAUCUCCGCCUCGACGCCGCCAAAGAUCUCUUUCUCGGGACAGUCGUUCACCCGUUGGAACUCAUGA